GAGGCUGGAGGAUGCUGGCUGGAAGGAACAGGUUUUCAGCUCCAACAGUAACAUCCGAAGGUCCGUUCCCACUGGGACCUUUCCCUCGGUACAUCUGGAUCCACAGCAACACUCCCCAGGACAGCCUGGACGAGGUCUGCCAUGAGAUCUGGAAACGUGUUCAACAACUCUCUGGGGAGCUGCAGCCCCCCUCGCUGGUGCCACUGCUGCCCCACGGGCUCUGCCCACCCCCACCAGGGACCCCGCGGAGGGACAACGUCACCUACAGCAUCAACCCCUUGCUAGAUGAACCAGCGGGACUCCAAAGUAUAUACAGAGAGAUGCUUGGGAACAGGGAGAGGGAGAUGAAGUUAAGAGCUCUCUGCGACGCCCAGCUCUCUGCCAAAUCCGUUAUCACCAGCCUCCUGUCUUCAGCAAAACCCCACCGGAAUCCCAAGGGGCUGGGGGAUGGCAGUGUGUCGGGCCCUCGCAGCACGGAGGGGAGCAAGGCAGAGGUGCCUUUUCUCCCAAAAUACCCCGACCCUGCCAAAGGCUCAGGCAAUCAGGGACCAGCAGAGGAAACAAAAGCAGGGAAGGAGCUCGUAAAGAACAGCACCUUCAGCUCUGCCAAGACCACUACAGCUGGGCCACCGAGAACAGCAGCAGAAAGUCCAGCCAUGGAAAAGAAGCAGCAGGUCCCACCAUUUGCUGAGAUUCAUACCAAAACGGAUUCUGACGUGGCCACAAAGAAUCCAGUAACUACUGCAACACCGGAUAAAAAAAUUGUUAAAUACAAUGCAUGUGCUUCAGGCUUUUCUACCACUUCAAUGACCACAGCAUUAAACCAGCCCGUGUGGCAGAGUCUCAGCUUCCCUCCCUUUUCCGUCUUUCCCAACCACUCAAACUUUCCACACUUUCAGGGCCCCUACCACCAGAGAGCAAGGAUGCCGUACCAGCAAGCUCCGUACCCCUCCUUUGGAUGCUAUUUAAGACAGGUAGCUCCAUACAGCCCACAGCAGAUUUUCCAGCCACCUUACGCUCCGAUGUUGAACUACAUCCCUCUGGUCCAGCCCGGUUAUCCCUACCAGCAGAGAACCCCACCAACACCAUCCAGCACCAUCCCACACCUGUCCCCGAUGGCAGGCGAUGGCAUCCAGUAUCCCUUCUCUCCUUCCUACGGGUUUAAUUCUACACCUGGAGGAACUGUGACGAUUAACCUCAACUACUUUUCCAGCGAGAACCAUGUAAAAUUUUAAGCAAACCCACUUUUUCCUAUCCUAGUAUUCAGAGAAAAACCUGCUAUGCUAUAAGUCCUAGGGUCCUAUAAGGACUUCAUGUUUCCCCCAAAAUGAAUGUUUCCAUCUAGAACAAUCCCUAUGACUUACAGGGGAAGGAACAGCUGCCUGACAAUUCAUUUGAGACAAUUUUUUUUA